AUGGCCUCCGUUCUGCCGGAUACUGCGUCGGAUGGCAAGGCCCUGACGGACGCCUGGGACUACAAGGGUCGCCCCGCCAGCCGCGCCACCACCGGCGGCUGGGCGUGCGCCGCCAUGAUCCUAGGCGCGGAGCUGUUCGAGCGGAUGACGACGCUGGGCAUCGCGGUGAACCUGGUGCCGUACAUGACCGGCACGAUGCACCUCGGCAAUGCUUCCGCCGCCAACACCGUCACCAACUUCAUCGGCGCCUCCUUCAUGCUCUGCCUCCUCGGCGGCUUCGUCGCCGACACCUACCUCGGCCGCUACCUCACCAUCGCCACCUUCACCGCCGUCCAGGCCACGGGCGUGAUGAUCCUGACGAUCUCAACGGCGGCUCCCGAUCUACGUCCACCGCCGUGCGCGGACGCGAAGGGCGCGAGCGCCGACUGCGUGCGGGCCAACGGGACGCAGCUCGGGGUGCUGUACCUGGGGCUGUACCUAACGGCGCUGGGCACGGGCGGGCUCAAGUCCAGCGUGUCGGGGUUCGGCUCCGACCAGUUCGACGAGUCCCACGCCGGCGAGCGGCGGAAGAUGCUGCGCUUCUUCAACUGGUUCUACUUCUUCGUCAGCAUCGGCGCGCUGCUGGCCGUCACGGCGCUGGUGUACGUGCAGGACAACGUGGGGCGCCGCUGGGGCUACGGCGUCUGCGCCGUCGGCAUCCUCUGCGGGCUCGGCGUCUUCCUGCUGGGCACCAGGAGGUACCGCUUCAAGAGGCUGGUCGGGAGCCCGCUCACCCAGGUGGCUGCAGUGACGGUCGCCGCGUGGAGCAAGCGCAAGCUGGCGCUGCCGUCUGACCCGGACUUGCUCUACGACGUCGACCACGCGGCGGCCGACGUCGUCAAGGUGAAGGAGAAGCUGCCCCACAGCAAGGAAUGCAGGUUCCUCGACCACGCGGCCAUCAUCGACGGCGCCGGCGAGUCACCGGCGACGGCGAGCAAGUGGGCGCUGUGCACCCGGACGGACGUGGAGGAGGUGAAGCAGGUGGUGCGGAUGCUGCCCAUCUGGGCCACCACCAUCAUGUUCUGGACCAUCCACGCGCAGAUGACCACCUUCUCGGUGGCGCAGGCCGAGGUCAUGGACCGGUCCAUCGGCUCGGGGGGCUUCCUCAUCCCCGCGGGCUCCCUCACCGUCUUCCUCAUCGGCUCCAUCCUCCUCACCGUGCCCGUCUACGACCGCCUCCUCGCGCCGUUCGCGCGCCGCCUCACGGGGAACCCGCACGGCCUCACCCCGCUGCAGCGCGUCUUCGUCGGCCUCCUCCUCUCCGUCGCCGGCAUGGCCGUGGCGGCGCUCGUCGAGCGCCACCGCCGGACGGCCGCCUCCUCCGAGCACGGAGUCACGCUCACGGUGUUCCUGCUCAUGCCGCAGUUCGUGCUCGUCGGCGCCGGCGAGGCCUUCACGUACAUGGGCCAGCUCGCGUUCUUCCUGCGGGAGUGCCCCAAGGGCAUGAAGACCAUGAGCACGGGCCUGUUCCUCAGCACCUGCGCGCUCGGGUUCUUCUUCAGCACUCUGCUCGUCACCAUCGUGCACAAGGUCACGGUCCACGGCGGCGGCCGCGGGGGUUGGCUCGCCGACAACCUCAACGACGGGAGGCUCGACUACUUCUACUGGCUGCUCGCCGUGAUCAGCGCCAUCAACCUCGUCCUCUUCACGUUCGCCGCCAGGGGCUACGUCUACAAGGAGAAGCGCCUGGCCGACGCCGGCAUCGAGCUCGCCGACGAGGAGUCUAUUGCCGUCGGCCACUGA